AUGGUGAAUAAUCCUAUACCAAAGGGGCUACGCUCUGAAGCCAAAAAGGCCAGUCGGAUCUUAAUGGAUUUUACCCAGUGCGAUCCAAAAUCCAAAUAUAUAGACAAAAUUAUACCACCCGGUAUUAUUGUCAAGGCCAAAGGUUUAGCUAUUUUAACUGUUUUCAAAGGUGGAUUUCUUGUCACUGCCCGUGGCGGCUCUGGAUUAGUCAUUGCUCGAACUCCUGAAGGAACAUGGUCGGCUCCAUCAGCUCUUGGUUUAGCUGGUCUGGGAGGCGGUUUUGAAAUAGGAGUCGAGUUGACAGAUUUUGUCAUUGUCCUAAACUCACAAGCGGCUGUCGAUGCUUUUAGUAGAAAUGGUAACGUAACUCUUGGUGGUAAUAUCUCCGUUGCUGCUGGACCUGUCGGUAGAAAUGUUGAAGGCGAUGUAACCGUCAAAUCAAUUUCAGCUAUAUAUACUUAUAGCAAAACUCGUGGCUUAUUUGCGGGAAUAUCUUUAGAAGGCUCAGCAUUAAUAGAACGAAAAGAUACCAAUCGUCGGUUUUAUGGUGGUGAGAUUAGUGCCAGGGAAAUUUUAAGUGGCGAAAUUCCUCAACCUGGUGAAGCUCAACGCUUGUAUGAUGCACUCGAAAUUCAUGCAGAGAAUUAUAUCGCUUAUAGAGAUGCGAAACUUCAGCUAACUCCAGGAGGUAUGCCACUUCUUCCAGCUCCACCUUUAUGGAUGCCAUCUAGUCAAUCGGCUAGCAAUUACCCUAUGGAUCAAGAUUGGAAUAAUGACUUAAUUGUUACCACAUUAUAUCCUUUUCAAGGCGAGAAACCGUGUGAUCUAUCUUUCGAUGUUGGAGAAAGAAUUACUGUGAUUACCCGGACUGCUGAUCAAGAUGACUGGUGGGAGGGUAAAUUGAACGGCAAAGUCGGUAUAUUCCCGGCUAACUAUGUUAAAUUUGAUUAA